UUUAUUAAUGUCAAAUCAUUCUGAUCGAGACUGCUACCACACUGAAUACUUCCGGUUAUAGGAAAAGAUGCUGCGGUCACUCAGAAAACUCCACACAUUAGCUGUGGGCCAAUUGAGGACCUUGCACAAAUCAGUACCAGCAUGUGGCUCUGGUCCUCUUCCUGUGCACAGAGACUCCCCACAAAAUAACCCUGAUACACCAUUUGAAUUCUCAGCAGAUAACAUAAAGAGAGCAGAGUUGAUUAUAAAUAACUACCCAGAGGGCCACCAAGCGGCAGCAGUCAUUCCGAUCCUGGACAUAGCCCAACGACAACAUGGCUGGCUACCAAUAUCUGCUAUGCACAAAGUGGCUGAGAUGCUGCAGAUGCCAAAAAUGAGAGUUUAUGAAGUAGCAACGUUUUAUACUAUGUUUAACAGAGAACCUGUAGGCAAACACUUUGUACAGAUUUGCACGACCACGCCGUGUAUUCUUGGAGGUGCAGGUUCUGAUGUGAUCCUUAAAGCCAUCAAAGAUAACCUAGGAAUUAAUGUUGGAGAAACAACGCCCGAUGGACAGUUUACCCUUUUAGAAGUAGAGUGUCUUGGAGCUUGUGUGAAUGCCCCCAUGGUCCAAAUCAAUGACAACUAUUAUGAGGACUUAACAGUAGACGACAUGAACAGAAUAUUAAACGAUAUAAAGGCUGGGAAAUCACCGAAACCUGGACCUCAGAGUGGUCAGAAUGGUCGUUUUGCUUCCGAGCCUAAAGGAGGCCUCACUUCACUCUCAGAACCCCCAACAGGACCAGGAUUUGGUGUAAGAUCAGAUCUGUAGUUCAAGCACGACUUUUUUAUUAGUAUGGAUGUGUAAAAUACUGCCAUGAUCUUCAGCUGCAGUGAUCAAGACUUUGGUGGUAGUCAAGCCCCCGACAACUCUAGGAUAUGUUUUAUUGAAGUGUAAUAUUUUGUAAAUAUCAAAGUUUAAGGAACUUUCCUUGAAUAAAACAAUUAAAUAUGA